UGGAGAUUGACAGAAAUAAGCAUCUCCGUGUGCCUGAUGCGCAGCUGGCGCUCGAGGUGCUCAUCGAGAGCAAAAACCUCAAGUCCAUCUUCGCGGUAGGCCGAGAUCUCCCAUACUCAUCGCCAGAUGGCCAUCGAUGGAUCUCUCCGUGCCGUGCAAGUCAAGAAGGGCGAGAGCGAUGAGGUGUAUGAGGACCUAUACGACGUCAUCGACCGCGGAGGCUGCUGGCACCGCUGGACCAGCGUCUUCAACGUCGGCGAGCACUUCGGCUCCUGCAGCCUGCCCAUCGAGCUGGGCGAGGAGGAUCUCAAGAACGUCCCGCACAAGUCGCAGACCGAGGGCUGGCCCGAGGCGCUUCGCCAGUUCGCCUUCAUCGGCCACAGACUGACGACGCGCGAGGGCGUGGGGAUGGACCUCACACACAGCAUGGGGCAGUUCUACAUCCACGAGGGCGAGGCCAAGAAGCCCCUGGUGGUGUGGAGCCCUGAGGCGCUGGCGGGCCUGGGAUGGGUGGGGGCCACAUAUGACGAGAGCAACCCCGUGUGUUCAGGUGAGGGUGAGGGUGAGGGCGUUGGUGGUCGCUGACAUCUCAUCUUCUCUGUGUGUUUGUUUCUGUGGGUCAUUCAUUCGUUUGCGUCCUGGUUGCAGUAGCAGGUGACGAGUAUCUGUAUGGCUCGUUCCGUGGGCUGGUGCUAGCGAAGUGGGAAGGAAACCAAGUUGGCCCGGCCAUCAUGAUACCUUUGUUUGUGUCCGUCAGGGUGUUGGAGUGCCGUGUGGACUUCGGCUACAUCGACACGGCCUCCCUCGGCGACGACCCCCACCGCUACAAGGAGGCCAUGGAACUCACCCUGCCCGGCUGCCUCGGCAUCAAAUACACCGACAAGGAGGGCAAGGACGACGGCCGCAUCUUCGUCCUCACCGGCCACAAGGCCGUGGACAAGUGCGGCGCCUACCUGACCAUCAGCCGCAACAGCAGCAACGCAGAGGAGGUGACCAUCAGAUAUGGCUGUGUGGGGGCGGGGGCGGGCGGGGGAGAGGGGCGAGGCGGUGGUGGUGGUGGUGACGAUGACGAUAUGGAUGUGGACGACGAGGAGACGGGCAUGUGCGGGGUGGCCACACGAGCCAUGGGGGACAAGGCCUGGGUGCUGCUGGGCAAAGAAGAAUGAGAAUGACAACGCAAGCAUACACACAAGUACGCAACGCAGCGUGUGAGAUGGGCGGGGGCUGGGGGGGGGCUUCACGUGUGUAUUCUGUGUGGUGUGGUGUGGUGUGGUGUGUUGUGUGCGUUCUUGUUUCUCUCCCCGUCUUAUGUGUGCUGUGCUCUGUCAGAUAUUAGCUGAGAGGGUGGCGGGCUGGCUGUAGGUAGCACACAGCGGGGAGGGUGGUGGGUGAGGCCGGCGGUAGGUAGCAUUCAUGUGUGCGGUGCAUGUGUUCGUGGUGAGUUGCUGACGGACUUGCGGGGCGGCGAGUGAUCCGAUUCGAUUGGCCCCCUUCUCUAAUUAACCAGUGGAUGUGAUAUGUGUGAUGUAUGUGUGUCACUUGUGGCCAGCCAGCUUUGUUCAGCUCAUGCAUCGGCGCCAUUCACCACUCAACCAUGUAAGUAAACUAAUCCAUUGUCGCCCGAAAGACAAUUGGCAUGGCAAGCAUCGAC